UUCAAGUGUAAACGGAAGUGAACAGUGACCAAGAACAAUUUCCAUGUUAACGUUUUUAUUGUUGUUAUUUAGACGUUUAUUAGCAUGCUGGAACAUAAAAUAUCACAAACCUGCCACAGGCAGUGUGUAAUUCGCUUUGGAGACAGGACUUAGUUGAAAUGUUAUCUAGGUAACGCUAGCUUGCUAGUUGCUGACGUUAACGAACAAUGGCUAACGUUAACUGUUUGGUUUUUCACACUCAAAUAGCUUCCAUCAUGGAGGUGCUAGCGAAUGCAGCCGUUGCAGAGAUCUGUAAACUCGUAGACGACGAAUAUGCAGUGUUUAGUUUGGAAAUAACUCAAAGCCAGAAAGAAAACAGGGCAUUGCAGAGGAAACUACAGCUACUCGAACUGAAGGCAUCACGGGAGCGCGUCCAUGACAGUCGUGUCAAGAUCGUUGACCGAUACAGAGGAAUGGCAAGAGAUGAAGGACAUCUCACUGGAGGCCACAGGAGCUUUGUGAAGCCAGCGGGACACAAUACAUGGAGAGAUGAUAAACCAAUCACUGUUGAUGAGGGGAGUGGAACCUCAACCCAGCAUGUUAUCACGAUAGAGUCUGCAGAUGCAGAGGCUGCAGGUCCUGGAGGAUCGUCUCUGGUCAAGCAGGAGAAGACUGAAAGAACAGCCCCUUUAGUCACAGAGAACCCCACCACAGCCCCAGCGCUGCCUAGGACCCAAUGCAGCAUCGGUUCAGUGGAAUACCGAACGUCGUCAGAGAUGGACCCUGAGACUUCAACUGAAACCCACAGGCUCUUGCACACAGGAUAUGACCACAGAUCAUAUCCAGAGAGACUGGGCUGUCCUCCAGCUCCCGGCUCAGAAUACUUACCUGUAUUUCACCAGAGCCAGAGGAUGGUUUAUUGCCGUGGAGACGGUGAUGAUAAUACGCUAGACACUGGCGGUGAUAACCUGUCUUAUUCUUACGCGACAGAGAUGGACGCGGGCAACAUAUCCUUGGGCUUAGAGACACAGACUGAUCUGUCUAGAGGGGACUGGAACCAGUACAGUAGUAGUGUAAACUCUGAAGGGUGCCAAGACAAGAAAGUGGAGGUUAUAGUGGUAGAUGAGGUGACUGUGAAAGUGGAGGGUGACUCUCCUCCCACAUGGAAUGCAGAUAAUCACCUAGGAGACAGAUACUCACAGGGCAGAGAUUUCUUAGAUUACAGGGAAAGUUUAGAGACCAAUCCAAAUGUGGCGACCCACUCUCCUUUACAUUCGCUCAGGGAUCGCGACCCAGUGUCCACAUCGGUGGGGCCUUCCGAUUCAGAAGUCCUUUUCGAUCAGGUAUUGAGCUCAAACGAGAAGGCUAGAGCCCAGGCUCAGGAAGGGGGAGCCACAUCAGGCAAUAGUAAAGAGAAACGGUUCCUCUGCAUGUUCUGUAACAAAGGCUUCAGCUGCCUCCAGAAGGUGGAGAUCCACCAGAGGGUCCACACAGGGGUGAAACCCUACAGCUGUACCCAGUGUCACAUGCGCUUCGCACAGACUCGUGACCUGAAGAGGCACCAGAGGGUCCACACAGGGGAGAAACCUUACAGCUGCCCCCAGUGUGAGAAGAGGUUCUCCCGCCAGGACAAUCUAAAGAUACACCUGAAGGUCCACACGGGAGAGAGGCAGUUCGCCUGUACGCAAUGCAGGAAGAAGUUCACAGAAAGGAGCUAUCUCAGGAUACACCAGCAGAAAAACCAUCCCACUCUAUUAACAUAGAAUGUAACCAUUCCACUUAAUAACUUCUGAAGUUUAGAUCAAAACCUGCAUUAAAGGGUAGGUAGCAUAAAAAUUAAACCGAAUGUAACAUAUGGAAUUGCAUUAGAAUACGCAUCAAAAGUCUAAAUGCAAAGUUACCUUACUUUUCUAUUUUUCAAGUUAUUACAUAAAACCCAUCAGAAUGCCGAAGUCAUGCCGGAAGAUGUUUUUGCGCGGUGUGACGUAACAUGGAGGCCCCAGGCAAGCCAGCCUAUUCCCCAUAAUGUAAACUCCAACAGACAUAACUAAACCAUGACUACUGGUUUCAAUUACAUUUGAAACCAGUAGUCAUCAGCCAACUUACAAGCAAAUACUUUGAAUUUGUUACAAAUCAGCUUGCAAGGUUGCUAGCCAACUACAUUUUACAUUUGAGUCAUUUAGCAGACGCUCUUAUCCAGAGCGACUUACAAAUUGGUGCAUUCACCUUAUGAUAUCCAGUGGAACAACCACUUUACAAUACUAGCCUGCAAACGUCGGUAGGGUAAAGUACUUAGGUAAAAAUACUUUAAAGUACUACUUAGGUAGUUUUUGGGGUAUCUUUACUUUACAUUUUUUACAACUUUUACUUCACUAUAUUCCUAAAGAAAAUAAUGUACUUUUUACUUCAAACGUCUUCACUGACACCCAAAAGCACUCGUUACAUUUUGAAGGCUUAGCAGGACAGGAAAAUGGUUCAAUUCACACACUUAUCAAGAGAACAUCCCUGGUCAUUCCUACUGCCUCUGAUCUGGUUUACUCACUAAACACGAAUGCUUUGUUUGUGAAUUAUGUCUUAUAGAGAGUGCCCCUGGCUAUCCGUAAAUUUUAAAAACAAGAAAAAUGUGCAGUCUGGUUUGCUUAAUAUAAGGAAUUUGAAAUUAUUUAUACUUUUACUUUGAUACUUAUUAAGUAUAUUUUAGCAAUUACAUUUACUUUUGAUACUUAAGUAUAUUUAAAACCAAAUACUUUUACUCAGUAUUAUUUUACUGACUUUCACUUUAAUGUAGACCAAAGUUUUGGAAAAACUUAACACCAUCUAACCAGUUAUCAAAUAAUGUUACCAGUACAUGCAGCAGUGGAGGCUCCUCUGAGGAGGAAGGGGAGGACCAUCCUCCUCAGUGAAAUUUAAUAAAAAUAAAAAGUGAAAUAUUAAGUUAUUUUUUUCAGAUAAAACUAUACUAAAUAUAUUCAAAUGUCAUCAAAUAAUUGAUUCAAACACACUGUUUUGCAAUGAAGGUCUAUAGUAACUUCAACAGCACUUUCUGGGGAAGAACCAUGGUGUAGCCGGAGGACAGCUAGCUAGCUUCCGUUUUCCUCUGGCUAGAUUGACAUCAAUACCCCCCUUCCAUAGACCUACAUGAUAUUUAUGACCACUUCCGGAGGAUGACCUCCAACCAUUCAAAGAUUUUGCAGUAUGGACUGACAUCUUAUCCAUCCAAUCAUAGGAUUAUGAUCAGAGAAUGAACCUAGUGUGUUGUAUUGGUGUUGUGCUGCAGAGCAUUCUGGGAGGGUUCUGUGUGUCGAGAAGCUUGGUGACAUUAUUGGAUAGAGAUCGAGAGUAAAAAGUGAUAGCAAGGCCAAUUGAAAUAACUUCCAUUAACUGGACAAAAAUACAGUUCUAAAACUAAGAAAACUAUUUAAAAUCUAUCUCCUGUAAUUUGAUGAAUUUGAAUUGAAUAAUAUCAAACUAACUUCAGAAGCAAGUAGCAGUAGCUAGCUAGCUACCAGCGCAAGCAUGCAGUUUUCGCCAGCAGAAUGGCUAACGCUACCGAAAAUGUUGUGGACUUUUUGUUGAAGAACCACUUUCAUUCUCUGGGUUACACAGAAAAGGUGCAAAUUAAAACAAAGGUUCGACCUCUUCCUGAGAACAGUUUCAUGAAGAAGGAUGAAAAGGUGAGGGCGUUCACUACCAACUGGUAUCAAAAGUGUAGCUGGUUAACAGGGAGCCUUCCAUCAAGCCACCUGUAUUGCUGGCCUUGCCUGCUUUUUGGAAAGUCAGAGCCUUGUGCAAAAGGGGGUACAGUGACCUGAAGAACAUCAAUCAAAUGCAUUUAUAAAGCCUUUUUUACAUCAGCUGAUGUCACAAAGAGCUAUACAGAAACCCAGCCUAAAACUCCAAACAGCAAGCAAUGCAGAUGUAGAAGCAAGGGGGCUAGGAAAAACUCCCUAGAAAGGCAGGAACCUAGGAAGAAACCUAGAGAGGAACCAGGCUCUGAGGGAUGGCCAGUCCUCUUCUGGCUGUGCCGAGUGGAGAUUAUAACAGAACAUGGCCAAGAUGUUCAAACGUUCAUAGAUGACCAGCAGGGUCAAAAAAUAAUCACAGUGGUUGUAGAGGGUGCUACAGGUCAGCGCUAGAGGUCGACCGAUUAAUCGGAAUGGCUGAUUAAUUAGGGCCGAUUUCAAGUUUUCAUAACAAUCGGAAAUCUGUAAUUUUGGACGCAGAUUUUUAAAAACUAUAUAUAUAUUUUUUUUUUACACCUUUAUUUAACUAGGCAAGUCAGUUGAGAACACAUUCUUAUUUUCAAUGAUGGCCUAGGAACGGUGGGUUAACUGCCUUGUUCAGGGGCAGAAUGACAGGUUUUUACCUCGUCAGCUCAGGGAUUCAAUCUUGCAACCUUACGGUUAACUAGUAACGCUCUAACCAUCUGCCUCACGAGGAGCCCGCCUGUUACGCGAAUGCAGUAAGAAGCCAAGGUAAGUUGCUAGCUAGCAUUAAACUUAUCUUAUAAAAAACAAUCAAUCAUAAUCACUAGUUAUAACUACACAUGGUUGAUGAUAUUACUAGUUUAUCUAGCAUGUCCUGCGUUGCAUAUAAUCGAUGCAGUGCGCAUUCGCGAAAAAGAACUGUCGUUGCUCCAACGUGUACCUAAACAUAAACAUCAAUGCAUUUCUUAAAAUCAAUACACAGAAGUAUAUAUUUUUAAACCUGCAUAUUUAGCUGAAAGAAAUCCAGGUUAGCAGGCAAUAUUAACCAGGUGAAAUUGUGUCACUUCUCUUGCGUUCAAUGCCCGCAGAGUCAGGGUAUAUGCAACAGUUUGGGCCGCCUGGCUCAUUGCGAACUAAUUUGCCAGAAUUGUACGUAAUUAUGACAUAACAUUGAAGGUUGUGCAAUGUAACAGGAAUAUUUAGAAUGAUGGAUGCCACCUGUUAGAUAAAAUACAGAACGGUUCCGUAUUUCACUGAAAGAAUAAAUGUUUUGUUUUCGAGAUGAUAGUUUCCGGAUUCGACCAUAUUAAUGACCUAAGGCUCGUAUUUCUGUGUGUUAUUAUGUUAUAAUUAAGUCUAUGAUUUGAUAGAGCAGUCUGACUGAGCGAUGGUGGGCACCAGCAGACUCGUAAGCAUUCAUUCAAACAGCACUUUCGUGAGUUUUGCCAGCAGCUCUGCUGUUUAUGAAUUCAAGCCUAUCAACUCCUGAGACUAGGCUGGUGUAACUGGUGUAGCUAAUUAGCGGGGUGCGCGCUAAUAGCGUUUCAAACGUCACUCGCUCUGAGACUUGGAGUAGUUGUUCCCCUUGCUCUGCAUGGGUAACGCUGCUUCGAGGGUGGCUGUUGUCGAUGUGUUCCUGGUUCGAGCCCAGGUAGCGGCGAGGAGAGGGGUGGAAGCUAUACUGUUACACUGGCAAUACUAAAGUGCCUAUAAGAACAUCCAAUAGUCAAAGGUAUAUGAAAUACAAAUCGUAUAGAGAGAAAUAGUCCUAUAAUUCCUAUAAUAACUACAACCUAAAACUUCUUACCUGGGAAUAUUGAAGACUCAUGUUAAAAGGAACCACCAGUUUUCAUAUGUUCUGAGCAAGGAACUUAAACGUUAGCUUUCUUACAUGGCACAUAUUGCACUUUUACUUUCUUCUCCAACACUUUGUUUUUGCAUUAUUUAAACCAAAUUGAACAUGUUUCAUUAUUUGAGGCUAAAUUGAUUUUAUUGAUGUAUUAUAUUAAGUUAAAAUAAGUGUUCAUUCAGUAUUGUUGUAAUUGUCAUUAUUACAAAUACAUUUCUUUUUUUUUUUUUCUUAAAUCGGCUGAUUAAUUGGUGUCGGAUUUUUGGUCCCCCAAUAAUCGGUAUCGGCGUUGAAAAAUCAUAAUCGGUCGACCUCUAGUCAGCGCCUCAUGAGUAAAUGUCAGUUGGCUUUUCAUAGCAAAGCAUUCAGAGUUGGAGACAGCACGUCCGGGACAAGUUGGCAUGUCCGGUGAACAGGUCAGGGUUCCAUAGCCACAGGCAGAACAGUUGAAACUGGAGCAGCAGCAUGACCAGGUGGACUGGGGGACAGCAAGAAGUCAUCUGUCCAGGUAUUCCUGAGGCAUGGUCCUUGGGCUCAGGUACUCUGAGAGAAGAGAAAGAGAGAGAAUUAGAGGGAGCAUACUUAAAUUCACAGGACACUGGAUAAGACAGGAGAAAUACUCCAGAUAUAACAGACUGACCCUAGCCCCCCGUCACAAACUAUUGCCGCAUAAUUACUGGAGGUUGAGACGGGAGGGGUCAGGAGACACUGUGGCCCCGUCCGACUACAGGUCCAACCAGGCAGGAUAUAACCCCACCCACUUUGCCAAAUGUCACGAACCGGCUCAAAGCCCGUAACAAAAGGGAGACAACGUGGAGAUAAGGAGUAACAAAAUAUAUUUAUUAAAUAAAGUAACCUAAAUGCAAUUAACAAUGGUGUGUGUAAUAAGUAAUCAGUCGUGUAAGUGAGUGUUUUGGCAUGCAUGAAUGUGAUAAUGCGGUGUGUUGAAAGGUGCUAAAGCAAACAACCAAAAAGCCACAACAAAAUCUAUCAAGGUGUCUGCAUGGAGAGAGUCUCCUCCAUGAAUGGGGAAGUGGUGCAUUUAUCCUAUGACAGUGGGCCCAGGUGUUUCCCAUGUAGCUGACGACCCUCCCAAGUCCGCCCACCGGCAUCCUAAUAAGGAAACAAGAACAAAGAGAGAAUACGGCAGACAGAGUGGGAGGGUCGUCACACAAAGCACAGCCCUCACACCACUAGAGGGAUAACUUCAACCACCAACUUACUACCCUGAGACAAGGCUGAGUAUAACCCACGAAGAUCUGCCCCACGGCACGAACCUGAGGGGGGCGUCAACCCGGACAGGAAGAUCACGUCAGAGACUCAACCCACUUAAGUGACUCACCCCUCCUAGGGACAGCAUGGUAGAGCAUCAGUAAGCCAGUGACUCAGCCCCCAUAAUAGGGUUAGAGGCAGAGAAUCCCAGUGGAGAGAGGGGAACCGGCCUGGCAGAAACAGCAAGGGCGGUUCGUUGCUCCCAUGCCUUUCUGUUCACCUUCACACCUCUGGGCUAGACUACACUCAAUGAUAGGACCUACUGAAGAGAUGAGUCUUCAAUAAAGACUUAAAGGUCGAGACAGAGUCUGCGUCUCUCACAUGGAUAGGCAGACCAUUCCAUAAAAAUGGAGCUCUAUAGGAGAAAGCCCUGCCUCCAGCUGUUUGCUUAGACAUUCUAGGGACAAUAAGGAGGCCUGUGUCUUGUGACCAUAGCGAACGUAGGUAUGUAUGGCAGGACCAAAUCGGGAAGAAAGAUAGGAGCAAGCCCAUGUAAUGCUUUGUAGGUUAGCAGUAAAACCUUGAAAUCAGCCCUAGCCUUUACAGGAAGCCAGUGUAGAGAGGCUAGCACUAGAGUAAUAUGAUCAAAUGUUUUGGUUCCAGUCAAGAUUCUAGCAGCCGUGUUUAGCACUAACUGACAUUUUAUUUAGUGCUUUAUCUGGGUAGCCGGGAAGGAGAGCAAUGCAGUAGUCUAAUCUAGAAGUGACAGAAGCAUGGAUACAUUUUUCUGCAUCAUUUUUGGACAGGAAGUUUCCGAUUUUUGCAAUGUUAAGUAGAUGGAAAAAGAUGUCCUUGAAACAGUCUUGAUAUGUCCGUCAAAAGAGAGAUCAGGGUCCAGUGUAACUCCAAGGUCCUUCACAGUUUUAUUUGAGACGACUGUACAGCCAUCAAGAUUAAUUGUCAGAUCCAACAGAAGAUAUUUUUGUUUCUUGGGACCUAGUAUCAAAAAUACAUUUUCGAUUAUUCUUAUUCUCAAUUAAGUUGGAAAAAUAGGAUGAUCGUGAGCAGCAGUGAGGCUAAUUGGAAGAAUUCCAGCCAUUUCGGUUCCAAAUUUCUGGAAGCUUGCUUCAGGGCUCGGGUAUUUUCUGUAUACCAGGGAGAUAGUUUCUUAUGACACAUUUUUUUUGUUUUUAGGGGUGCGACUGCAUCUAGGGUAUUACGCAAGGUUAAAUUAAGUUCCUCAAUUAGGUGGUUAACCGAUUGUUGUACUCUGAAGUCCUUGGGUAGUUGGAGGGAGUCUGGAAGGGCAUCUAGGAAUCUUUGGGUUGUCUGAGAAUUUAUAGCACGGCUUUUGAUGAUCCUUGGUUGGGGUCUGAGCAGAUUAUUUGUUGCGACUGCAAACGUAAUAAAAUGGUGGUCCGAUAGUCCAGGAUUAUGAGGAAAAACAUUAAGAUCCACAAUAUUUAUUGCACGGGACAAAACUAGGUCCAGAGUAUGACUGUGGCAGUGAGUAGGUCCGUUGGACAAAAGCCUUUUGGAGUGGGUCUGUGGACUUUUCCAUGUGAAUAUUAAAGUCACCAAAAAUGUGAAUAUUAUCUGCCAUGACUACAAGGUCAGAUAGGAAUUAAGGGAACACUGUAUAUGGCCCAGGAGGCCUGUACACAGUAGCUAUAAAAAGUGAUUGAGUAGGCUGCAUAGAUUUCAUGACUAGAAGCCCAAUUUUUGUAUAUUGAAAUUUGGUGUCGUAAAUGUUAGCAUCACCGCCUUUACGGGAUGCGCAUUAACACAGGAAAUGAAUCAGGUUAAGCCAUGUUUCAGUCAGGCCAAUCACAUCAAGAUUACGAUCAGUGAUUAGUUCAUUGACUAUAAUUGCCUUGGAAGUGAGGGAUCUAAAAUUAAGUAGCCCGAUUGAGAUGAGAGAUCACAUCUUUCAAUAAUGACAGGAAUAGAGGAGGUCUUUAUUCCAGUGAGAUCGUUAAAGCGAACACCGCCAUGUUUAGUUUUUACCAACCUAGAUCGAGGCACAGACACGGUCUCAAUGGGGAUAGUUGAGCUGACUACACAGACUGUGCUAGUGGCAGACUCCACUAAACUGGCAGGCUGAGAUAACAGCCUGCACCCUAUCUCAUCAAUCGUUCAGCGGCAUAACAAAGCAGGGAGCAUAUACAUGCCCACAUCAGAUUUAAGCUUCUGGGAAAAAGCUGGAUCGCUUAUGUAAUGGACGUAGGUCUGCGUAUUCAAACUGUGCAGCACAACGAGAAAGUAAGAAGAAACAGGGACGUUAUCAAGCGGUUUAUCGACACCACUGCAUUUUUAGGCAUGCAAUAAUUGGCUGUUUAGAGAACACGAAGAGAGGGAAAGUUCCGCUAACAAGAGCAACUACUUGCAACUACUGCUUCACAUAUGGAACUUUCGACUGUCUUUUCUGAGAUGUCGUAAUCAAUUGUUUUUUGUCUUCCUAGUCAAAUCCUGUCUUGCCCUCAGUGAAAAAGUUGAGCUAUUCUCCAACACCAUCCAUCCAUGAUGAGCCUGUCCUGGACUGAAGCCUGUGAACACCUCAACUCAUGCCUUAUACCCUCAUUCAAUCACUGCUGUGAUCCCUUCCCAACAAUUUUGUCGCUUUCAGGGUCCAACUCCAGCUCCAACUGACAGGGUUUCAAGAUCCAGCUCCAGCUCCAACUGACAGGCUUUCAGGGUCCAGCUUCAGAUCCAACUGACAGGCUUUCGGGGUCCAGCUUCAGAUCCAACUGACAGGCUUUUGGGGUCCAGCUUCAGAUCCAACUGACAGGCUGUCGGGGUCCAGCUUCAGAUCCAACUGACAGGCUGUCGGGGUCCAGCUCCAACUGACAGGUUGAAUACCAUGUGCCUUUUUUUGUUGUUGACGAUUCUAUCAGCCAAUCAGGGCUUGUAUCCACAAAUCAUCUCAGAAAAGCUCCUAGGAACCCUGUUAAACCUUGUUUUAAGAAGAAGAAAAAAUCCAGCUCAGAUUAGGUUUUAGGAUGAUGUUAAAACACUGCUCAGACAAACUCUGUGCCAGGAGUAAAUCAGCUCAUAAAAGUUUCUCAGCUGGUAAUCACGACAGUUUGAGGUAGCGCAAAGGAAAGCUGGUGACGCUCAUAAACAUUGUUGCAAAUGAUGGGGAAUAACCUAUCGCGAUGAGGCAUCGCCAGCUGUGAACUCUAUAGCAUGCUUCAGACAACUACGGUGAACGUGACUACAUCAAAUGUUGCAAUGGUAAAACUUUUGAUAUAAUUUUCACCUGCCACGAUCACUUUGCCUAGUCUUAAUUCUUGCCUAAUAUGAUGCCAUAUCUGUGAUAAUGCCUUAAAUCAUCUUUACCUGACAGGAAGUAGUGAAGCUGUGUGUAAUGUAAUGUUGACCCUUUUACCAAGUAUUUUAAAAUCCAUUUCAUCAAAGUGACAUAUCAGAUUUACAGAAAAUGUAGUGUUACCAUAGUAAGACGUUUUUCUACGAGAUCAUGUAUUGUUGUGUGCAAUAAAAGUACUGUGCUUUA